GCAGCGUGGUGCCCUUGGUUCCCCAGCAUGGCCCCCUCGGCCUGGGCCAUCUGCUGCCUCCUGGGGGGCCUCCUGCUCCGCGGGGGCAGCCCCAGCCUUGGCCCCAGCGUGCCCCGCCUGCGGCUCUCCUACCGAGAUCUCCUGUCUGCCAACCGUUCUGCUGUCUUUCUGGGUCCCCGGGGCUCCCUGGACCUUCGGGCCAUGUACCUGGAUGAGUACCGGGACCGCCUUUUUCUGGGGGGCCGUGAUGCCAUCUACUCUCUGCGGCUAGACCAGUCGUGGCUGGAUCCCCGGGAGGUCCUGUGGCCGCCGCAGCCAGGACAGAAAGAGGAGUGUGUUCUUAAGGGAAGAGACCCUUUGGUGGAGUGUGCCAACUUCAUACGGGUGCUGCAGCCCCACAACCGGACCCACCUGCUGGCGUGUGGCACUGGGGCGUUUCAGCCCACCUGUGCCCUCAUCACGGUCGGGCACCGUGGGGAGCAUGUGCUCCACCUUGAGCCCAGCAGUGUGGAAAGUGGGCGGGGGCGGUGCCCGCAUGAGCCCAGCAGCCCCUUCGCCAGCACCUUUGUAGGUGGGGAGCUGUACACAGGCCUCACGGCUGACUUCCUGGGGCGCGAGGCCAUGAUCUUCCGGAGUGGGGGUCCCCGGCCAGCUUUGCGUUCUGACUCUGACCAGAACCUCCUACAUGACCCGCGGUUUGUGAUGGCCGCCCGGAUUGCUGACAACUCCGACCAGAACGACGACAAGGUGUACUUCUUCUUCUCGGAAACUGUGCCCUCGCCCGAUGGUGGCCCAGGCCGUGUCACUGUCAGCCGCGUGGGCCGUGUCUGUGUGAAUGACGCAGGUGGCCAGCGAGUGCUGGUGAACAAAUGGAGCACUUUCCUCAAGGCCAGGCUGCUGUGCUCCGUGCCUGGCCCCGGUGGUGCCGAGACCCACUUUGACCAGCUGGAGGACGUGUUCCUGCUGUGGCCCAGCUCAGGGAAGACCCUCGAGGUGUAUGCUCUGUUUAGCACAGUCAGCGCCGUGUUCCAGGGAUUCGCCGUCUGUGUGUAUCACAUGGAGGAUAUCUGGGAGGUUUUCAAGGGGCCCUUUGCGCACCAAGACGGUCCCCAACACCAGUGGGGACCCUAUGGGGGCAAGGUGCCCUUCCCUCGGCCUGGAGUGUGUCCUAGCAAGAUGACAGCCCAGCCGGGACGACCCUUUGGCAGCACCAAGAACUACCCAGACGAGGUGCUGCAGUUUGCUCGAGCCCACCCACUUAUGUUCCGGCCCGUGCGGCCACGGCUGGGCCGCCCCGUGCUUGUCAAAACGCACCUGGCCCAGCAGUUGCGCCAGAUCGUGGUGGACCGCGUAGAGGCAGAGGAUGGGACCUACGACGUCAUCUUCCUGGGGACUGACUCAGGCUCCGUGCUCAAGGUCAUCGCCCUCCAGGGUGGGGGCUCCACGGAGUCUGAGGAGGUGGUCUUGGAGGAGCUCCAGGUGUUUAAGGUGCCAACACCCAUCACUGAGCUGGAGAUCUCUGUCAAAAGGCAAAUGCUGUAUGUGGGCUCGAGGCUAGGCGUGGCCCGGCUGCACCUGCACCAGUGUGAGACUUAUGGCAGUGCCUGUGCCGAGUGCUGCCUGGCCCGAGACCCGUACUGUGCUUGGGAUGGUGCCUCCUGCACUGGCUACCGGCCCGGCACCAGCAAGCGCCGGUUCCGCAGGCAGGACAUCCGGCAUGGCAACCCUGCCCUGCAGUGCCUGGGCGAGAGCCAGGAAGAAGAGGCUACAGGCCCCGCGGCAGCCAGCACGGUCUACGGCACGGAGCACAACAGCACCUUCCUGGAGUGCCUGCCCAAGUCUUCCCAGGCUGCCGUGCACUGGUUCUUGCAGAGGCCAGGAGGCCAGGGGCCCGACCAGGUAAAGACAGAUGAGCGAGUCCUGCAGACAGAGCAGGGGCUGCUCUUCCGCAGACUCAGCCACCUGGACGCUGGCAUCUACACCUGCAAGACACUGGAGCAUGGCUUCUCCCAGACCGUGGUCCGCCUGGCUCUGGAGGUGAUUGUGGCCUCGCAGCUCAACAGUCUGUUUCCUCGGGAGCCGAGGCCAGAGGAGCCCCCAGCCCGGGGUGGCCUGGCCUCUACCCCCUCCAAGGCCUGGUAUAAGGACAUCCUGCAGCUCAUCGGCUUUGCCAACCUGCCGCGGGUGGACGAGUACUGUGAGCGCGUGUGGUGCUCCUCCAGGAGCCGAGGCAAACAGGCCAAGGGCAAGAGCUGGGCGGGGCUGGAGCUGGGCAAGAAGGUGAAGAGCCGGGUGCAGGCCGAGCGCAAUCGGACGCCCCGGGAGGUGGAGGCCACGUAGAAGACCGUGGAGGAGAGGGUGGUCGGGAUGCACCGGGUGGCCCAGCAGCCCCCCGAGUCUCCCACCCACCCAGCUAGGGCAGAGGGGGCCCAACAUGCCCGAUUGCCUCUUAGAGA